AUGAGAAGAGGCGAUGCUGGCUCCGCUGGUGCCGUCUGUGGGAGGUUUGCGGCCAUCUCGCGUUGUCAGGGUUUGAGGAGGAGAAGUGGCGGUCGUGGUGGCCGAGGUUGCCUGCGAUAUUUAUUUAGGCAGACUUCCCCAUCUCUCUCCCUUCCUCCCCUUACCCCCUUCCCUCUCCCUCCCCGCUCUCGGGCGCUGGGCCGGGCUGACAUCGCGCGAUGCCGGUCCGCACUGAGUCGGCCUCGCUGAUCCCGCCGCCCCCCAUCAACACUCAGCAGCCUGGGGUCGCCACCACGCUCCUGUACAGCGGCUCCAAGUUCAGGGGCCACCAGAAGAGUAAAGGCAACUCGUAUGACGUGGAAGUUGUGCUGCAGCACGUUGAUAUGGAGAACUCAUUUCUCUGUGGAUACCUAAAGAUCAAGGGGCUCACUGAGGAGUAUCCAACCCUUACCACCUUCUUUGAAGGAGAAAUCAUCAGUAGAAAGCAUCCAUUUUUAACAAGAAAAUGGGACGCAGAUGAAGAUGUGGAUCGAAAACAUUGGGUCUGUGAGAAAAUUUUCACACUUUGUUUAAGAGAUUGGCCUUGUUGACUUGGUUAUGCACUGACCACACUGGAAUUUAAUGCAAUUUUAUGUUGUUCAAUUCAGAUGCAAUAUUCAGUAUGCAUACAAAGCUUCACUUUCAAUCUACGUUAAAAACACUUCACUUGAGUACUCUAAAUGCUGGCCUCUUGGCGUAGCUGAUGCCUAAUCAGGCACUUAACCAGUUCAAGCUAAUAGCUCAAAUAUUACCAUAACUGAAAAUUGUUGGCUAGGCGUAAUAUCAGACAGUUGAUCAUCUUUUGACCCUUUGUCUCAAAGUCUUGUGCGACGGUUGUUUCUGAAGAGAGGCUGCAAACCUCUACUUCUAUGUUGUUUUUCCUUUGAUAUCUAAAAUGUUCAGAUGUGCCCCCUCAAAUGUGAUCAUCUGUGGGGCUAUGUCUUUUCCUUUGAACAACUUAAUGCUGUUUUCACAAGCUAUCAGUUGUGUGCAAGACAGAAUAAACUGUUUAAACAUCCAUUGUCUUCGAACCUCUCAACUGUCUUGAACGGCUGAUCUUGUUGCACAGUUCUUUUGUUGUGAAAUGCUUACAAGGGAGCCAGUUCAGACUUGUUUCAGUAGUUUAGGUUUCCUUUGCUUGGCCAUUUUUCUUUCCAGCACACUUCAGAAACUUCUCUGACUAGCCAUUUUAGAUUACAGCAUGGAUAUUAUCAGUAGGACAAGGAAGGAAGGAGUUUUGGACAAUUAACUUUGAAUUCCAGGUCUCUCCACGUGAUGGAGUUUGAACUCCUGUGUGCAUCUUUUCCAAGUUUGCUUUCUUGGAUGUCAGUCUCACUGGCUUGGCUGUCAAUCAGGCAAACAAGAUUCCAGAACAGGAAACAAGCAGAUGGUUUGAUUAGUAACCAGGGGAGGAGUGAAUCUGCUUGAGAGUCUCUUUGUGACUCAGGCAAUUGAGGUCAGAGUUGCGUUCUCCUGUUACACAUGUAGUACAUAAAGACACUUGCCUUCUCCAUGCUACUUCAGGUUUCUUCAGUGCAGAAAGCCAUCUACCACUUCAGUAGGCAAAAUAAGCUGCUACUCCUCAUGAAAAAUUCAAGUUUUUUUUAUUACAUGUCCCCUGAGAGGAGGGUUGACUGAUUCAUGCUUAUGCAACCUCUCUUAAAUCCGGGUUGGCGUUCCUGUAGUGUUUACACUAGCUCAUUGUUUUCAGAUUGCUUUGCAUGAAUAUUGUGGUCGUCAGAGUGCAAGAUUCUGAUGCAUAGGAACAAGCGCUUCAGCUCAUGAUGUUGUGCCAAACAUGACACCAAAUUAAUCAACUCCCGUAUGCAUGCCCAUGGUCCAUAUCACUGCAUUC